UCUAGUCUAUUAGCCUUAGAUCUAGAUCUAGUCUCUUAGCCUGUCUUCUUCGUUACAGUGCAUCUGUUUCCUGUAGGAAGGUCUUUGUAAGUCCUGAGGAUCUUGUGAUAUGGCCAUACAGUUUUAGUUUGCAUUUUGUUGACAGUUGUUGUCAGGUUAUCGUGAGGCGCUUAUAUAAAUCAGUCUGACUUCAGUGCCAAAGGCAUAAUUAUGUUAUAAAAAAACCUGUAAUAGUCUUUUGUUUCUUUCUACACCAACAAUCUGUUUUUUAACUGACUUUUUCUUAAUGUCUUUGAAGAUUAAAAUAUGCCUAAGCAGCUGGUGUAUACAUACAUCAGUGCAACUCAGUGUGUCAGAUUAAAUGGUGUUGGGUUAUGAAUAAAUUGAAGAGAUAAAAUGUUUUAACUACACUAGCACUUCAAGAUUACUUUCACUUUAACUACACUUUUUAAAAAAUGGAAGGUCAUUCCGACAAUCAGGAUCCGACUAAUUUGAAACAUUGUAAGAUGAACUUACCAAGUUGGAAAGAUGGAGCAUUUCAUAUUGGUGUGGACACAUUACCCACAGCAUUCAAUCCAGUUGUUGUUUUGAAAAAGCUGAGUUUGACCACAGUUAAACAGUGUGAAGGUUUUAAUCAGCCAUUACUGAACAAGGCCAAAAUCAUCUUGCCAGUGGAAGCAGCAACAGAUUGUCAACCAAAUACAUGGUACGAUGAGAACCAAUCAUUAUCUGAUAUUUCUGUUUCUGAUAUAGAGCUCUCUGACGGUGAUGAACUCAUCAAUACUCUAACUAACAAAGAGUCUAUUAAGUCAGCUGAGAGAAAAAAACACUCAGACCAAACAAAAGAUAGUAACAAUACAGAUGUGAAACUGACUUGUCAUUCACGGCCUGUAGAUGCUAUCAGGACCAGAGAAAAGAAAGAGAGUCAAAAAAUAGUGCAAGCAGUAGUUCAAAUUGAAAAUAAAAAGACUGAGGUGGAAAAAGAAGUUAAAGUCAGCCUUAGUAGACUGGACACUGAAGUAAUGAGUAGUAGUGAAGAAGAGAGUGUUAAAAAUUCUAGCAAUGCAAAGCAGGAUCUAUCCAAAAAUGUUCCAGAUAAUACUAAACUUCAUUUGGAAGCUAAAGAUAAGGAUUAUCUGAAAGAUACAGCUAAACCUGACUUAAAAGAUAAGAAUACAUUUGAUUGUAAAGAUGGAGGUAAAGUUGAAUCAAAAGUUGGAGGUAAAGUUGAGUUAAAAGAUGGAGCUAAAGUUGAGUUAAAAGAUGGAGCUAAAGUUGAGUUAAAAGAUGGAGCUAAAGUUGAGUUAAAAGAUGGAGCUAAAGUGGAGUUAAAAGAUGGAGCUAAAGUUGAGUUAAAAGAUGGAGCCAAAGUUGAGUUAAAAGAUGGAGUCAAAGUUGAGUUAAAAGAUGGAGCUAAAGUUGAGUUAAAAGAUGGUACUAAACUUGAACUGACUAAAUUAGGAAAGAAGGACAGUCACAAUGUUACACGUGAAAAAGACAGUGAACGGGUUAAGUCAACAUUUGAAACUCCAAGAAAGACAAAACGUCAGCACUCUGCAGACACUGAUACGAGCAGAAUAAAGCAAUCCAAAGUUGAAGUUCCGGGACUAUUUCUUCCUUCAGUCAAAGAGGCACAGAAAAUAAACAAAAACUUCAGCCCUAAUACACGCUACAAGCUAGAUUUAAACAUGAUUACAAUAUCUGACCUUGGUAAUGAAGCAUUUAGAAAGUUUUUGAACUUAGCUUCAGAUUGUGCUUUACAGUUUACCAAAAAAAAGAAUCCAAACUCUUUACAUGGUUCUGUUUCACUUUAUUUUGGAGAUGCAUCUAGUCUUCAAAUGUCCCUCCAGAAAUUGAGUCUGUUGCCAACAUUGGCAGGCAAUGCUUGUAUACGAUGCAUUAUAAAAUGUAUGGAAAUUAAAACAGAAGAACAGCGCACUGACCAACCGAAAUAUUCUUUAUUAGGUAGAAUGACAUUUCAAUUCAAUGCUGAGAAAGCAGACAGAUUGAGACAGCUACAUAUAAAUAAAGAUAGGAAAAACGAGGGCACAAAGAAGAAAAGUGCCCAGGUUCGCAGAAUACAUUCAGCAAUGAAUCAAGAGAUGCUGAUUCUGCUCUUUCCAUUUUCUCUCAAUGUCCACAUUUCUGAAGUAGAUCAUCCGAUGAAAGGAGUCAAAGGACCUGUUGAUGUGGAGUUUGAGAACCAAGACUGGAUGGAGGCUGUGCUAACAUGUUUUCAAGAUUUUGUUUUCAUUCCUUCUGGUCAACAUGCUAAACCAUUUUUUUUAAAAAUUGACAACUUCACACCACCAACCAAUAAGUCUUUUAACAAGCCAUCUCAGCAACAAGAAUUACAACAGAAAAAAAGACAAGAAUCUUCUGGUAAUACUCCUAAUGAUAGCGCUAAAGGAAAUAAGAUAGGUCAAGACAAAAGAAGUAACAAUAGUCAUGAUUCCAUGCCAAGGAAAAGGCCUGAAAGGAGACAUGAAACUACUGACCAGAAAAAAGGAAUUCAUGAAAUGGGAGGAAAUAAAAGCAAACAAAGUCAACAAGAUAAAGUCUGGCUUGCCCCAACUAGUUCAGAUCCAUCCAAAGUAGAUUUAUAUCAACUGGCUGUGUCACGUGGGCUGGAUCCAAGCAACAGAGAUGUGAUCAAAAUACUGGAGAUGUCUGUUCAGUUGGAAGCUCUUCAAGCAGCUCAACUGGGAGUUGAAAGUGUACUCAGACUACGCAAUGAUGAAGUUAAGUCUCACCAAGAAGUCAUAUCUCAAACAGGAUUCAGUGAUCUGGACUACAGUCAAGCUGAAAAAUCUCUCAAAGAAAACAUAGCCAUCAAAAUGAAGUUAUUGGAGGAGCUUGAAGAGAAAUUUAGAGGAAAGUCUGGCGGGAAACAGAGUACCAUUGGCUUAGCCACUAAGGCUGGCUUUGGUGCUGGAUCUCGAUCACCUAGUCGUCGAAAGCACCCUUCAUCGGAUCACAGUAGGUCACGGUCAAGCAGUCACAGUCGAGGAAGUGAUAGGAAGUACAGAAAGAAGGAUGAUGGUAGACAUGACCUCGACUAUACAGCUAAGGAGGACACUUUUGAUCCUACCAGAAAUGAUGCACCUUUAGACUUCAGCAAGCCCACUUCAUUUGUCUCCACUGAACAAGCAGUAACUCAAGAUUACGUCAGAACUCUACAAGUUCUUCAAGAAAUGAAGCCAGCUUAUAUUGUGAAAGAGGACAAAUGUCAGUCUGUUGAAGAAAUGUGUCUGCCUGUUCAAUUUGGAAAGAAUGCUCUCAAAAAAACUCCUCAAGAACUUGAGCAAGAGAAAAAACAAGCUGUAAAUAAGCACAAGAAUUCUGACUUCUAUAGGGAGACUAGACCUAGAGCUGCAGUUAGUUUGAAUAGAGACAGAGGACUUGAUAGUGUCGAUACCAACAGGAGGCAUUUAAAUGAAGGCACAGGCAGAGGACUUGAUAGUGUUAAUACCAACAGGAGGCACUUAAAUGAAAGUACAGGCAGAGGACUUGAUAGUGUGGAUUCCAACAGGAGGCAUUUAAAUGAAGGCACAGGCAGAGGAUUUGAUAGUGUCGAUACCAACAGGAGGCAUUUAAAUGAAGGCACAGGUAGAGGACUUGAUAGUGUCGAUACCAACAGGAGGCAUUUAAAUGAAGGCACAGGCAGAGGAUUUGAUAGUGUCGAUACCAACAGGAGGCAUUUAAAUGAAGGCACAGGUAGAGGACUUGAUAGUGUCGAUACCAACAGGAGGCAUUUAAAUGAAGGCACAGGUAGAGGACUUGAUAGUGUUGAUAUGAGCAGGAGACAUUUAAAUGAAGGUACAGGCAGAGGACUUGAUAGUGUUGAUAUGAGCAGGAGGCAUUUAAAUGAAGGCACAGGUAGAGGACUUGAUAAUGUUGAUAUGAGCAUAAGGCAUUUAAAUGAAGCUACAGGCAGAGGACUUUUGAGAUUCAAUGAAAGAAGUUCUGAGAAAUCAGAAUUUAGAGCAACAGACAAAGUCAGUGAAAUGACUGCAAGAUUAAAAGCCAGGAAUUACCAAGAAGAUAAUUUAAAGGCAGAUGACUAUUGGAAUCUGAAAUCUACAGAAUCCAACUACCUUACAGCUCCUGAUUAUGACAAAUAUGAUGAGACAGGGCAUGAGAGCUGGGACACAACUUCUGUGCAAUCAUUUGCGAAGGUCGACAGAAGUCAGUUGGAUAGCACUGGACAAUCACAGUCAAAAAUCAACAGGGGUCCUUCAACUUUCCAACCAUUAGAUAAUCAUUGGGAAAAAAGAUCAAUUCAGUUGCUGGCUAGCAAUCAAUCAAUAGGAACUUAUAAACCCAGCCAUGAUAAAGCUGAUGAAUUGUUUCAGUUCAGUAAUAGACAAAAUGAAUCAUUCAAUGCUGUAUCAAGAGUUAAACUUAAUGACUUUGGUUCUAGACAAAAUGAAUCACUCAACAUGCCAAGAGCCAAAUGUUAUGAAUUUGGUUCUGGACAGAAUGAAUCACUAAAUACUAUGUCAAGAGCCAAAGCUAAUGAGUUUGGUAGUAAACAGAGUGACUCACUGAACACUGUGCCAAUAGCCAAAGCUAGUGAGUUUGGUAACAGACAGAAUUUUAACAGGUCUAACAAUGGUCUUCUAGGUGAGAGACCUAAUGCUUUUAUUUCGGGCCUGCCAACUGAGCAAAGUCAUCAAGUGAGAACAUCAAGCCUUCAUGGACUUCAAAAUAGAGGAAUACAGAACUUUGGACAGCUGAGUGCUCCCACAAACUUUGGACAGCUGAGUGCUCCCACAAACUUUGAAAGCAAAGUCUCUCAAAAACAAAAUUAUGUCAGAUCUAAACAAAACUAUGCUACAUUGAAGGAAGACAUGUUUACACAAGAACAAGACUACACUGCACAACAAGACUACACUGCACAACAAGACUACACUGCCCAAGAGGAACAAGGAAACUUCUUCCAAGAAAGUCAAAGCAAUGUACCGCAGCCAAGAGUCAAGAAAACUUUUCAUCAACCUAACAGAUACAAUUCAUUCAAUGAUGCAGCUUUAGGUAGAAACACCCAAGUUCAACCUACUGCCCUAGAGAGAAACAACAUUCCAAUGGCAGCCCAAGGUAGAAACUUUCUUUCUACAUCUGCAGCUCCAGUUAGAAAUAUCAAUGCUCUGUCUGCAGCUACAGUAAAUAUCCAUGCUCCAUCUGCAGCUCUGGGUAGAAAUACCUAUGUUCCAUCUCUGGCUCCAGGUAGGAAUAUCCAAGCUCUGUCUGCAGCUUCAGGUAGGAAUAUCCAAGCUCUGUCUGCAGCUCCAGAAAGGAAUAUCUCUGCUCUGUCUGCAGCUCCAGGUAGGAAUAUCCAAGCUCUGUCUGCAGCUCCAGGUAGGAAUAUGCCUGCAAUGCCAGCAGCUACAGUAAAUAUCCAUGCACUGUCUACAGCUCAACACAGGAAUAUCCAAGAUCUGUCUGUAGCUCAAGGGAGGAAUAUCCAGUCUCUUCCUGCAGCUCCAAAUAGGAAUACCCAUGCUCUGUCUGCAGCUCCAGGCAGGAAUAUCCAAUCUCUGUCUGUAGCUCAAGGUAGGAACAUUAAUGCUGGGCAAGCAACUCAAAGAAUAAACAUUCAGGCACAACAAAUGACUACUGCAGGCAGAAUCAUCAAUGGUCCACUCACAUCUCAAAGAAACUCUCAUAUUCCCUCCUUGUUUGAAGUUAAUGAUUAUGUCUCUUCCAACCAACAAGUGAGACAUGGCUACUAGAAUGAUUUCUGAAUUAUCUUUAAAGAAAAACAUUUUCAAGUAUUCAAUUUGGUGUAUUUGUACAACUAUUGUAUUGUAUUCAUCAUCAUGCUUGAUUGGUGUCUGUCUUGAAUGUGUUUUUCUGUAAUAGAGUUAGGCUAAUGAUCAAAAUUAAGCUGCAGAAUUUGAGAGGGCUCACAAAUCAAGUCACCAAAGCUUGUUAGGCCAGAAGCAAAAGAAUUGUGUAGAAGAAAUGUUCAAGGCUUGUGAAUGAUGUAUAGUUGUUCAUGAUAUUUUGUAUCUAUGUUUUCAAAUUAAAUUGAUUUUUAGAAAUGAA